AAGUUCAGAAUACAAGUAAAGUAGUUAGAGAGAUUAUGGCAUCUGAAAAUCACAAUGUUAAAAAACGGAACUUUUGUAAUAAUAUUGAGGAUCAUUUCACUGAUCUUCCUAGAAAAAGGAUCUCUACUUUCACUAAUAAGAACAUGAAGGAGGUUAAGACAUCUCCCAAACAGUUGGCUGCUUACAUAAAUAGAACAGUUGGACAAGUGGUGAAAAGCCCAGAUAUCCUACAUAAGGUGAUCUAUCACAGAAAGAAAGUUCAUCAUCCCUUUCCAAAUCCUUGUUACAAAAAAAAACUGUCCCCUAGAAGUGGGGGCUGUGACAUGGCAAAUAAAGAAAAUGAGCUGGCUUGUGCAGGCCACCUGCCAGAGAAGUUACACCAUGGUAGUCGGACAUAUGUGGUUAACUCCAGUGACUCUGGUUCUUCACAGACAGAAAGCCCGUCAUCAAAGUAUAGUGGGUUUUUCUCUGAGGUUUCUCAGGACCAUGAAACAAUGGCCCAAGUUUUGUUCAGCAGGAAUUUGAGACUGAAUGUAGCUUUAACUUUCUGGAGAAAGAGAAGUAUAAGUGAACUUGUAGCUUAUUUAGUGAGGAUAGAAGACCUUGGAGUUGUGGUAGAUUGCCUUCCUGUGCUCACCAAUAGUUUACAGGAAGAAAAACAAUUUAUCUCACUUGGCUGCUGUGUAGAUUUAUUGCCUCUUGUAAAGUCAUUACUUAAAAGCAAAUUUGAAGAAUAUGUAAUAGUUGGUUUAAACUGGCUUCAAGCAGUAAUAAAAAGAUGGUGGUCAGAGCUAUCAUCCAAAACAGAAGUUAUAAAUGAUAAAAAUAUUCAGAUUUUAAAACAACAAUUAAGUAGAUUGUGGGAACAGGAAAACCAUCUUACUUUGGUUCCAGGAUAUACUGGUAAUAUAGCUAAGGAUGUAGAUGCUUAUUUAUUGCAGUUGCAUUGAGAGAUUUCCUCUACUAAAGAACAGUUGGUUAUUUAAAACAUCCCUGGACUCUGUGAUUUGCAACUCUGAACUGUGGAAGAAAUCAAAACCAUCCUUUUAUUCUAAAAAUCCACAUAAUGAAACCACUAAAGAAACCCUAACAAUCUACUUCACAUUGAAGUGGAAAAAUAUCCAAAAGGAGCAGCUUCAACUUUAGUGAGGUGAAAGUGCACUAUGAAGAUUGUUCGUCUUUGCUGCAUUGGGACUUAUGGUUAUUUAGUAACAUUGUUUAAGAACUACUGGGUCUUAAUGCAAUCCGGCAUUAGAAUAUAAUUUAUUCUAUGUGAAAAAAUAAGACAAGACAUUUCUAGAAACCACAGAGAUCAAUCAUAGAUUUUUUUGUGUGUGUUUUAUUAAAAAAACGAAAAACACCUAAAUGUGUGCAGCUAUUUUCCUAUGUUGAAGAGACUUUCAAAGUUUAAAACAUCAUAUUAAAUAAUCAGUCUUAAAACUUUGUAUACACUAAGAUAUUGUGUAUACAAAAUGCCUUAAUUAUUAAGCCAAUAUGUUAUGAUACCAAUAUCUUAUUUUUAAAAAAUUAAAACCAACAUGCUUCUGGCAUAAUAAAAUCAUGGAAUUAAAUCAGGGGUUUACAUUCAUGCAGAAAGUUUUUUGUUAAAACAUAUUUCAUACCAUUUUUGAAAUGUGAGAAUAUUGUUAAUAUCUGAUUUUUUUGCCAGAAUUUUCAUGUCAUGUAUGUAUUACUGCUAAAGAAAAAGGUGAAUAUGUAUUUGUAUUAGUGUUUAACUGGAAAUGUCCAUGGACUUGGCUAAUUUAUAUUCACUUUUUUUGUGUGUAUAGAUUUCCAAUAUUUUUCAUUUCUGUAUCAUUUAAACUUCAUUUGACCUUUCAUUUAAACUAAAUUCACUAAAUAUUUUUUGCUUUUUUUGUUUCUGAUUUUUAUAUGAAUUCUAAUCCUUUUUCACUACAUAUGUUUUAAAGAGUUACAGUGCUUUAGAAUUGUUUACAGUUAAUGCUGACCUUGUAUUUUAAAUUCCAACACUGCAUUACUACCUCCUCCAGUGGUUAGUAUGAAAUGCCAGCUGACUGUAUGUGAUUAUUUUUGUGCGUGUCUUUUUUUGAAAUACCAUUUGUAAUAUCCAUGAACCUAAUUCUGUAAAGUCUUAAUAGCUCUAAAUCUUACCUGUCUUAAAAGUGAUUGGGGUUUAAUACCACUACUAGUGGUUCAUAACAUCAUCUUAUCUUUAAUAAAUCUCUGACAAGCCUCUAAGGGAAGAUAAAAUCAAAUUUCUCUUCAGCACAGUAUUCCUAAAAAAUACAAAUCUUUAGUAUUUAUGUAGUUAGUAACUACUGAUAUGAAUCUCCAGCAUAUUUCUUGCUGUAAAAAUGUUUUAAAAAUGUUAUCUUUCACUGAAUUCUUUUUUUGCAUAGCUAUAUUUUAUAUAGCUAUAUAUUCCUCACAGAGAGUAUCAAUUGUAGUAAUUGGUUAUUAAGUCUUUAGAGUAAUUCCAGAUUACUACAUUUGUGAUUUGAGAGGUGAAUUAUUUAAGAAGUUAUUUUUCAAAAUGUGAGAAUUUUAAUUGUAAACUUGCACCAUUUCUGUGAAAUCUUAACAUGAUGAAAUACAGCCUUUCUUUGUUUCUAUUCCUUUAGUUAUCACUGUCUUAUUUAACACUUUUCAUGAGUUAACUUGGUUGGAGUAUGGUGCUAAUGAAACUUAGGAUGGGAGUAUGAUGCUAACUUAAUGCAUGCACAAAAUGAUUUCAUGACUAGAUUGCACCUUCCCCAGGUGUCCCUUAUAUUUAACUGAUCACAGGAAAGAUGGUAUGCAUGGUUUAUCAUAAACCCUUAUCCUCAGAUGGAAGAUAAGAAAAAUGAUUGUUACAUUGUUACUCUAGUCUUCUGAUAUUUAAGAUAAUAUAUACAGAAUAAAAUAUCUGAAACACUGUAUAAUUUUUCAUUUUACGGUAUUAAUACUGUGUCAUAUCAUUGGCUAAAAAGUAUCCUUAAAAACCAAAUUUCAGUGUACCAAACAUCAGUAAAAAAGUACAAAUAAAUACGAAACAAAGUAAAAAAAGUAUUAUCCUUUUAACACUGAAUUUUUUUGCUUAAAUUUAGGUUUGUUGAAGGCAAGGUAAUACUCCAUUUGAUAGACUCAUCUAUAUAAGAAAGCAAUCUUUAACUCACAAAGAUUAUUCAGUAGAUUAUUCACUCCAAAUUUCUUUUCUUGGCCUUUGCAGUUUUCCUUAGUACCUACCUCUAUCAGUUAUGGAAUUGUGAUUAGUAUUAGGUGAUUUUAAGAUUCUUGGAAAAAAGAUGUAAAUAUAUUGUUAAAUAUUUCUUUUUCUAUUAAGCUGUUCUUGUCCUACUGCAUUUUAAUUAGAGAAGUCUUGAUACCUAGAAAAAGCUAAAUCGUGUGUUUGCAAAGUGUUUGGGCUUUGUGUUGACCUAGUUUGGGACAUUUGCUAUUUGUAGUUCAUUUGUUUGGUGCUGCUAAGCAGUAUACAAAAUGGCUAAACUACUCAAGGUAGCCCCCCACUUUUUUGUACUGGGGAUCAAACUUAGGACCUUGCUCUUAUGAGCUAAAUCAUCAGCCCCCUUUUAGCUUUUUUACCUUAGGUUUUUCUGUACUUUGCUAACUUUGUAAGUAUAGGGACAGAGAGUUUAUUGAGAUAAUAGAAGGUUAUAAUCAAGUAAUUUGCAUCUACUAAGGGAUAACACGAGUGGAUUUUGUGUAAUGAUUAUGAUUGGAUUAAAGGUUAAAAGUUGGGAAGCAAGUGUUAAUAAGAUGGCUUUCUAAAUAAUUUUUGACAGUAACCUCAAAUUUUUUACAGUAAUCUCAAAGAUGAUCGGCACUAAUUAUUUACAUGAGUCCUGAAAUGUGAGAAUUUGAAUAUAAGUAUAUUCACGUUGGGAAGUCAUAGAUAUCAGUACUAAACUCUAAGGGUUACCAAGGAAUUACAUCCCAGUGCCUCCAAGCAUACUUGGUAUAUGUCACUAGCAUGGAUUUAAUGCUCUACUUCUGGCCUUUGAAAUAGUUGUUUUCUCACUUAAAUCAUUUCUGUAUUUUUCAGUUUUUAUAUAACCAAUGGGUAAUUAAUUGGAGUGAUGAUUAUUAGCUAUUGAAUGCUGGUAGUAGAAAUCAUUUAAGGUAGCUAAAUUAGUCAAGGAGUCUGAAAAAGCAAGACUAUUUCAUUUUAUUUCCACAUACCUUCCUAUUUAAAAGGGAGAUAAUGAUAUCAGUUGCCUUUGUUGGUUAAAAAAAAAAAAAAAAUCAGACAGCUAGCACCUAGAGUGAGUGACCUGUUGGCUACACUACUUCUCUUUCAUCUUUUAUUUUCUGAUGACUUCAGAUAGAAAAUAUUGCAUAUUGGUAGAUAUUUACUCCUAUAUUCUUUCUCUCUUAAUUUCUAACCUUGAAAAUUGUCAAAAUCUUUUGCAACACACUGUUCUUCCUUUAUAAUUCUGUAACAAGAGUGUAGAAAAGCUCAUUCUUAAACACUGUGUAUUUCUAAUUUGUUAUAUAGCUUUAUGAGUAAUAGGGUCAACUAUAACAAUAAAAGUAGAUACUACAUAAUAUAUAUCUACUCUCCUGAGUACAUUU